CCUCGCAGCCGCAAAUCGGCUGUAUAUAUUUUCAGUCGUUGGUACGUCUGAUUUUAAAUUAACGACAAAAAUUCUAGCUGUAGUUUAGUCGUGUAUUGACGUGCGUUAUUCGAAAGUGAAUUGUAAUCUCGGAUAUUGAAUUUUUCUCGGAAUGCUUGUGACUGAAAUUUUUGAUUGAACGAAAUCGGAAUGUACGUUUCUUUCGAAGUAUUUUAAGCAUUUUUCUGACAAAUAAUGAACAACGGAAUUAUUUUGAUGCGACGCAUCGAUCUGAAAUGCACGGACAAUGGAACUUGAACUGAAGACGUUCAUAAGCCUUUGUUGCGAAGACAUUUACAAAUAAAAUAAAGUACCGAGGGAAACGCAAGUUCAUGCAAUUGCUCGCCAUUCGAGAGAUUUCGUAAAUAACAAUGGAUAUCUAGAACUGUUUGAACGGAGCAUGCAUUUCUGGAUUAACAAACCGGCAGGCAGGUAUUACGGUUUCACUGGCCGCCAAUACCCUGCCACACCUAGGCCAAAAAGUCGUAUAAGUCAUUGUAGAUACAUUGGAGAGCCAAGACAGAUGAUCACUCCGCUUCAUCGAUUUCAAAACCUAAAUACUAUGGGAAAUACAGCUGGUCCUAGUAAUAUAAAUAGUUGCAGAAUGAUAAGAACAACGAUAAGAACAAACAAUGAAACUCAAAGCAAUUUUCCAGUUGGCUCUACUCAACACCCCCAACUAAACAACAUCUCCAAUAAUGUAACAACUGCUGGGAAUAAUCAGUUGAUAUUGUCUAAUGCUAUAUCAAACGGAACGAACAGAAGUCUUUUGGAUUUUUCGGAAUUUAACGACGCAGAACUCGCAAGUUACAGACUACGAUGCGGCGUUUGGAUAACAUUUGUACUUGCAACAGGAUUUGUUGCUGCUGCAAAAUUUUACUUUAGUGAUAGAGGCCAAGGUAUAGAAAUAUUCGUAUUUUGGGGUCUGUUAACAUUAUCAUUAUUUGCGUGUUUAUAUUCUAUUUUAUAUUGUCGGAAUCAACGCAAUAAUCAUCAAGAACAUCAAAUUCAAGAGGAGCACAUUGCAUCUGUAGCUGCUACAACCCCAAUGCCCAAUGAAAAUAUUAGACCUAUUUCUGUAGUAAGACAGAAUCCACCACCACCCUAUCAUAUUGCUAUUUUGAUUCCAUCAAACAACCCAUCAGAGGAAGCUCCACCUCCAUCUUAUGACAAAAUUAUGCGUUAAAUUAAUAUUAGUAACCUACUAUAAGCUGUAUAAAAUUCUAUAACUAUUUUUUCAUAUACUACAUUUUCUAAACAUAAAACAUUGAUACACAAUGCACACUAUUCAAAAGUGCAUCACUAACUAAAAAUAAUUCAUUACCGAGCUUUUGAUUUGUGCAAACAAAAAAAUGAGAGAAAGUCCAUGGAAGUAUUAGUAACUUUUCUAGGCUAGGAAAAUUUUACAUCUGUGAUACAAAUAGUGAUGUAAUAAUCAAUGUCGCUCGAGAUAACAUUUGCAACUUAAAGAAAAGAAGAAUACUAUUGUGGGCAUUAUACACAAUAUCCGAGUCAAAAAGUACGCGCACUAACAAUAAUUGAUGUCCGAUACUUUAAUUAUGUUUAAUGCAAAUAUAUAUUUUCCUGUUUUAUAUUU